AUAGAAGCUGAAGAAGAAGUAAGAUGUUAGGGUGCUUAACCUUUGUUGCGCCGUUUUCUCCAUCUCCUCUUCUUUCCCUCCAUCGCUUCUCUCCUCUCUCUGUUCCUUCUUCUCCCUCUGACAGGUUUAUUGAAGCUUGCAUCGCGUAGAUUUUCUAUAACAGCAACUAAAGCAGAAUCGUUGUCAACUAUGGCAGUUGAUGCGGAAAAUGUUGGCAGCGUUAAAAGGCAGUUGGCGCUGCUGUUUGAGGUAUCUCUGAGGACAACUGUGCCAAGCGAGCCAGAUGUAGCGCCAUUAGUUGAACCUUGCGCUGCAAAAUCUGGGGUUAAAUUUGGUGAUUACCAGUGUAACAAUGCAAUGGGUAUAUGGUCUAAGAUAAAAGGAAAACAAGCAGAAUUUAAGGGUCCCCCAUCUGUUGGGCAGGCAAUCAUGAAGAAUCUACCCCCAUCUGAUAUUAUAGAGUCGUGCUCUGUAGCUGGUCCUGGAUUUGUGAAUGUUGUCUUGUCAAGGAAUUGGAUAGCACAGAGAUUACAACGGAUGUUAAUUGAUGGUAUUGAUACAUGGGCGCCAAGGCUUCCACUAAAGAGGGCUGUGGUUGAUUUUUCCUCACCCAAUAUUGCAAAGGAAAUGCAUGUUGGUCACCUGAGAUCUACCAUUAUUGGGGACACAUUGGCCCGUAUGCUUGAAUUUUCACAUGUGGAUGUUCUUCGACGAAAUCAUGUUGGUGAUUGGGGAACACAGUUCGGAAUGCUGAUUGAAUUCCUCUUUGAAAAAUUUCCAAACCCAGAGGAUGUCAACGAAGCAGCCAUUGGAGAUCUUCAGACAUUCUAUAAAGCAUCCAAAGUGAGAUUUGACAGUGAUCCCGAAUUUAAGCAAAGGGCUCAACAGGCUGUUGUCCGGCUUCAGGGUGGAGAAACCAGGUAUCGCGACGCAUGGAAACAAAUUUGUGAAAUAAGUAGAACCGAAUUCCACAGAGUCUAUGAACGCCUUGGAGUUCACUUGGAGGAAAAGGGAGAGAGCUUCUAUAAUCCAUAUAUCCCUGGGGUUUUGGAGGAACUGAAUAAAAAAGGAAUGAUUGAAGAUAGUGAGGGUGCUCGGGUGAUAUUUCUUAAGGAUGUAAACAUACCGCUUAUUGUUGUGAAGAGUGACGGUGGCUACAACUAUGCUUCAACUGAUCUUUCAGCACUUUGGUAUCGGAUAAAUGAAGAGAAGGCUGAAUGGAUUAUAUACGUCACAGAUGUUGGGCAGCAGCAACACUUUGAUAUGGUUUUCAAGGCUGCUAAGCGUGCUGGUUGGCUGCCAGCUGAUGAUAGUUUAUACCCAAAAGCUACUCAUGUAGGUUUCGGCCUUGUUCUUGGGGAAGAUGGAAAACGAUUUCGGACUCGCAACACUGAAGUGGUUAGAUUGGUUGAUUUGCUUGACGAAGCCAAGAAUCGCAGUAAAACUGCCCUUCUUGAACGUGAUACGGCUAAAGAGUGGCCUGAGGAGGAGGUUGAGAAAACAUCAGAGGCAGUGGGCUAUGGUGCUGUUAAGUAUGCUGACUUAAAGAACAACAGACUAACAAACUACACCUUCAACUUUGAUCAGAUGCUUAAUGAUAAGGGUAAUACCGCAGUUUAUUUGCUGUAUGCACAUGCUAGGAUCUGUUCUAUCAUCCGGAAAUCUGGAAAAGACAUAGAAGAAGUAAAGAAAAAUGCUAAAAUUGCAUUGGAUCAUGAAGAUGAGCGCGCUCUGGGGCUUCAUUUGCUACAAUUUUCUGAGGUUGUUGAGGAAGCAUGCACCAAUUUAUUGCCCAAUGUGUUGUGUGAAUACCUUUAUAAUUUGUCAGAAAUAUUCACCAAAAAGUUUUAUUCUAAUUGUCAGGUUGUUGGUUCGCCUGAGGAAGAUAGUAGACUUUUGCUAUGUGAAGCAACAGCAAUUGUGAUGAGAAAGUGCUUCUAUCUCCUUGGAAUUGUACCUGUUUACAAGAUAUGAACCAUAAAAGGGAUGGUCAAUUACGAUUUUUUGCAACUACCAUUUUUGUUUUACUAAAAAGUUUAGGGAGUUAAAUUCAUAAUUAUGACAAAUUGUAUCUUGCCCUCACCCUUUUUGUUUAUGCAUUUGAGAUGAAAAUAGUAAAACAGUUAGUUAAUGCUUGAUAGUAUAUCAUACUUGCAA